AAAUUAACCAGUCUAAUUUGUGUACAUGUUGGUAUUAUUUUGCAUGGCAACGGAGGUAGAAAGCUGGAGCUAGUACAAAAUUAUCGAUGACUUUUCUAAAACUGGGACAUUAAGAAACAAAUAAAUUGAAAAAGAGAGGAUGACUUCAGUGAUGUCGGGAGGGCUGCUGCCAGACACCAAUGGAGUCCAGUUCACAGCACGUCCUGCACUGAGGACCCGAGACAGCAGCCGCAACACAGCAAGGAGUCAUGGAAGUGGGCGAGCUUCUUCUGUUGUGUCCAAUGGAUCUGCUGCCUCUGAAGCAAGCGUCCUAGCAGCAAAUGGGAGCCUCUCUAGCAUCGAGAUUGAGGCUUUGUUGAGGGAGAAGGUCCGAGCGCGGGCAGAUGACAUCGUAAAGGCUUUCCGCACAUACGAUGUAGAUCAGACCCUGAGUGUUACAAAGGGCGAGUUUCGACGUGUCCUUGAGAAUUUCUGUACCCCUUUGACCACUGACCAAUUUGAAGCUGUGCUCGCUAAGGUUGAAAAGAACCCCAAUGGCACGGUACGGUACGGUGACUUCCUGGGGAAGUUUGGACACACGCAGGGAAGUUCCCCUGUUGCCAAUGGUCGCAGGUCAUCAGUGGCCAGUGCUUCAAAGUGGUCAAAUGGGGUUCCAAAAUUCCCAAGUCCCCCAACACCCACAGAAAUCAACGUGGACUUUAUUGAGAAACUCCUCAAAGAAAAGAUCGAGGUGAAUCUGAAAUCUGUUGUGAAGGGCCUACAGUUAUUUGACUACAAUCGUGAUGGGCGCAUUCAGAGACACGAGAUGAGACGAGUCAUUGAGAACUACUGCUUCAAGCUGAAUGACCAGCAGUUUGAAAAAUUAUGGCAAAGGUAUGAUUUCCACCACACUGGUCUCGUGAAUUAUAAGGACUUCUUGAGUCGCCUUGGAGUCACUGUACAGAAUAGGGGCCGCAGUCAGCCAGAGGGGUCGGUAGCAGCGCUGAACUGGCAACAGAAUACGCCCCACCCUCACCUGCGUAGCUACAAGCAGAAACAGGAGGAUGAGCAGAUGUUACAGACCAUGUCCUUCAGAGAGAUAGAGAUCGAGUUCCGAAAAAGGAUGCGUGAGAAUUAUGUGAUCCUGAAGAAGGCGUUUAUGAGUUUUGACACCCAACUGGAUGGCUUUAUCUCCAUUGAGGAUUUGCUGUCGGUCCUGACUCAGUUCACGCUGCCCAUGUCAAGGCAGCUCUUCUCACAACUUAUGGAAAAGUGUGGUGUAAAGGCCACAGGUCGUGUGGACUGGGAGAACCUGCUGGAGAAGUUCCAGGAUCCAGUAACUGUGGGAAACGGUCAAACCAUCCCAAUUCGACCCAAUCACAAGUUUUUCCCAAUCAAGGAGGGCAUAACUACGGUUGAAGUGGACGACAUCUGGAAACUGCUGUACAAGCACGUACACUCCAACUAUGGCUCCAUCAAACAGGCUUUCCUGCAAAUGGAUGUUAACCACAAAGGUCGUGUGUCCCGUGCGGAGUUGCGAAGCCUUCUUGAAAAGUUCAACAUCCGCCUGCAGGAGGAUCGAUUCAAGCAGUUGAUGGAGCGCAUCGAUCCCCAUCACUCUAACAACAUCUCGUACCAGAAGUUUCUGGAUCUGUUUGAGGAGACUGAUGGACCAGAGGGUCACAAGUGGUUGAACUCUGUACACCGAGUGAAUGAGCACACCAAACCUGCCAUCAUGGCCUGGGAAACAAUUGAAGAGAUUCUGAAGGAGAAGAUCACAGAGUACUGGAAGAACGUGUCCAGUGCCCUUCUGGACUACGACUUCAAACACGACAGUCACAUCAGCCACAAGAACCUGAAAAAGGUCCUCGAUAACUACGUACUGCCUGUGUCAGAGGAACAUCUACAGAGCAUGAUUGGUCGCUGUACGGACCGCACGGAGACUCAUGUGAACUACGUGGAAUUCCUGGAGAAACUGCAGGUGGACGUGAGACCAGGGGACUUGCAGGGGCUGAGCACGCAGAUCUUUGAGGGCAGCCAUGAGAGGGAGAGGAGGAGACAGGACGAUCUCUCAUAUAGGCACUCCAAGAUCACUGGUAUAGCCUACAAUCGCACCAGCGAGAUGACAGCAGAGGAAGUGGUCACGCGCCUCAAGGAUCGCAUCUCUCAGCACAGCCAGGAAUUCAGACACGCCUUCCUAGCAUACGAUCGAAGGGGGAAGGGAACAGUGUCUAAAAAAAGCUUGCGUGAGGUUCUCCUCUCAUUUGGCUUCGGAAUGACUGAUGAGCAGUUCAACAUCCUUGUAUCGAAACUCAACUUCAACGAGCGCGGUCAAAUGCAGUACACGGAUUUCAUCGCCAAUUUCCAUGAUCACCGCUUAGGGGGGCCGGGAGAGGACAUUGUUCGCUCGGGUAAUCAUCGCGUGAACCCCAUACGUGGUGACCAGUUUGGAAUGACCAUUGAGGAGGUGGAGAAGAAGCUGGCCAGUAAGCUGAGGGAAAAUUUUGCUAAUCUUCGUAGUGCUUUUUACAAAUUCGACGAAAAACAUACUGGGCAGUUAACGAAGGACAGUUUUAGACGGUUGUUAGACUCGUUUAUGUGUAUUAUGACCGAUGAGCAAUUUGAAGAACUCUGCAAUAAACAUGGGAUAACCAAGCAUACUCGCAUAACCUAUCCUGAUUUCUUGGACCGGUUCGAGAUACGAGAUAAGCCUGAGGGACAUAAGUGGUUAAAUUCUGUUCAUAGGUUCAACCAGACGCAACCCACCCCAGAGCUUUCUGCCGAAGAUGCGUUUGAUCUUAUCAAGCAAAAGGCUCACCAGCAAUUCAAAGACCUUUCACAGGCAUUCAUUAAGAUGGGAACGAAGGCAAAUGGUGUGCUGAAGAGAAGAGAUCUACGACAGUUGCUUCUCACGUUUGUUAUGCCUGUGAAUGAUGAACAGUUUGCUAGACUAUGGAAAAUGUUUGACACUGCCAACGAAGGUUACAUAUCACACGAAAAUUUCCUUGAAAAGAUUGGUGCGUCGGAAUUCACCCCGAGCGACCUUUUCGGCACAUCCGCUCAGAUCAUCGACAAGAGUCGCAAGUUCAUUGAGGACCACACACAGUCCCAACAGGAGAAACAGGAGAGGAUCACCCAGAUACAGGCCAACAGGGCGGGAUUUAUGAGCGUGGAAGAAGUGGAACAGGCCCUGAAGGACAAGAUCCGUGACAACUAUGAUGACUUCUACAAAGCGUUCCGCAAGUACGACACCAACAAGAAGGGAGUACUCUCCCUCAACGAGGUGCAGAAGGUCCUCAUAGACUUCAACCUCUUCCUGGACGAUGACCAGUUCUUCACAUUGCUAGACAGGUGUGGCCUGACCACAAACAAGAGUCGUCUGAACUAUGAGCAGUUUUUGGCGGCUUUUGAAGAAGGUCGCAAGUCCAGCUAUGGGAACAGAAGGGAGGAAGUGCGCAUAGAAGAACAGCCAAACCUGACCAAUCAGGAAGCAGAACAUAGGCUUAGAGAGCUUGUGGCUUCUAAUGUGGAAAUAUUGGAAAGGGCAUUCGGAGCGUUUGAUAAGCAAGGUACCAGCCGUAUAACCCUGGCAGAAUUCCGUCGGGUACUUGACCUGUUCUGCUUCAAGAUGACCGAUGGUCAAUGGAAGGCCAUACAAUCUAAACUGACCAUUGCAGGCGAUAAAGUCAACUACUGUAUGUUCCUGGAUGGAUUCACAAUGUCUGAACAGGAGGAUUCAGACCGAUGGCUGGCUUCCCUACAGAAGUCUAUCCGGUCUCAGACACCACACCUGAUGCCGGUGGAUGAAGUGGAGGAACUAUUGCGCGAGGCGGUGAGGUCAAACCCGUACAACGUGGCCCAGGGAUUUGCUGAGUCAGACUAUGCCAAUAUGGGGGUCGUUUCAAAGGAGGACUUCAAGGCAGUGAUUAAUAAGAGCUUGUUGAGGCUGUCUGACGAGCAGUAUGAGAAGAUAUGGCCUUCCCUGAACAUUAACGAGUUCGGUAACAUCGACUACCACGACUUCAUUAAGCGCUUCUCGACUGAUCAGAGUCCGACAAGGGUCCCCCCGCCGCCCACCCCUCUCCAGCGCUCGGUCACAAACCUACAAAGACGACCAGAAAGCUUGGCCAUGAGACGAUCAUUGACCAAGCUGGACAUUCCAAGGGGUGGAGCAAUGUCGAGGUCCCAGACACGCCUCUCUAUGACCACGCCUCUUGUGAACGCUGAGAUCGCAGAACAUGUGGUGAAGAACACGAUAUACCGCAACUGGAAACAGAUACAGCAGAUGUGUCGACAGAAAGAUACGGAGAACUCUGGGUCUAUAAAUGUGGUUGAUCUAAAAGAAAUACUAGUACGGUACGGUGUUGACCUCAGCAGUGAGGAGUUCCUUAACCUGAUGGUGAAGUACGACCUCAAGGAGAAUGGCCGCUUCUGUUACACGGACUUCCUCCGCCACUUCAUACUCAACCUGAAACCGCAGGAUGAGCCCAAGUCUUUGCUCACCCGACGACAAAUCAAGACACCCAAGAUUGUUCGAAGUGCAGGUACCACAAGCACCCAGUUCUAUGCUGCGAUGAUGCGGCUCCGAGAUUCAGUCACAGGAAACUGGAAAGAAAUGAGACGGCUCUUCCGCUCUCUGGAUCCUACCGGAUCGGGAAUGGUGGAUUCAGCGGAGUUUCGCCAUGUUUUGCGACAAUUUAGCGUUAAUUUAGACGAGGACGAAUUUUAUCACCUGCUGUCAUACUAUGACAAGCACAUGGAUGGGCAGAUAAGCUAUAAUGAUUUCAUCCGAGCUUACUUGAAUAACACGUGAAUAGAUUUAUGAAGAAUUGGAUAGUAUAGUUUUAAGGUCAAAACUUAAACUUCAUUCUAUUGUAAAUUCUAAAAAAUACAAAGAAAGAAGAUGUUUGAACAGUAUUAUCAGUAUUUUAAUUAUGUGAUCAAGAUGCCUACAAUUAUUUUUUAUGCUGCAUAAAUAUGUUAUUUUUUAAGUGUGUGUGGUCUUUUAUAUUUAAUCUGCUAUUUUUUACUUAAGAAUGUUUCAUGUAUGUUUUUAUGUUGUAAGAAAUUAAUAAAUUGUGACUUGAAUUGAACAUAAAUAAUAAGAAUACGAAAUCAAAAGUUAGUUAAAGCAUUAAAAAUGAAUAUUAUGAAAUGACAAUUAAUGAGAUAAUAUAAAUUUAUGAAACAAUUAAAUGUUUACUGAUAUAUGUAUAAAAUGUACAAGAUAAAAUUGUAUAAAGCUCUUAAAAAAUUGAUUUAUCUGGUCAAUAAACAUAUUUAAAAAUA